UGCAUCAAGCCUGUGAUGCGCUGACAUCACCAGGCUUCAGUCAGACUCUCUCCUGGGGUUUGUUUCCUCUUCAGCAGGUAAAAAUCAUGACAUGUUAAGUCUAGAGAUUCUCUUCGGUCUCAGACCUUCCUCUUCUCUCAUCUUCUCUUCUGGUUUUGUGUUCUGGGUCGUUGUGAGGUAUCCAGAUGGCAACACAUUCUGAUCUUUUGAUUUUACCUAGAUUAGAUUUAAUGAUCACUAAUUGUUUUUCCUUGUGAGUGAAGGAAAGUACACAGAGUGGGGCUCACACCUCCAAGGGUCCCCGAGUUGUUUUUUAGCUGGGGGCGUGUCAAAGGUUAGCAGACAGUAAAGACACUAUAAAAUACUAAACUGAGUUUGACCCUCACGCCUUAUGGUGGGAGACACCUAAAUGUUUAGGUUCCCAGAGAAGGACAGAGAGGUCAUUUUGGGGAGAAGACCUAAGGUUGACCGCAGCCAAGUUAGAUGAGUAAUGGGAGAUGAGCAGUGAGACAGGUCAACUCCUCUUUUAGUCUAUUGGAUAAUUUACUAAAGUGACCAAUUAGGAGAAGCGGGUGUACUGGAGAAAGAACUCUAAAAAAGGCUCCCACAGGCAGAACAGUGGGUGGCGUUUGGCAGAUCUCCUAAGAUCGAAGGAUCAGUAGGAUGCCUGAUAGGGCAGAGAGAGAAGCAUUCUGGCAUUGCUUUUGCCAUAGAUUUGAGAAUCGGACACUGGCAUGAGCUCUGUUUCAAUAAAGAUUGCUCUAUCAUUCCACCCAGCCUUGCCUCCGCAGAAUUCUUUCAUCAUCAAACUACAUGCCGACACCUUUCAAUGAAGAGAGCCCUGAAACCACAGUUGUUUUGCUGCAUGAUGAAGGAUCUCGUGCUCAGUUUGGUUCCAUCUCUCUUUAAAUUGGCAGACCGAUCGUGUACACUUCUGGCUUUAGCAAAUUCCAAUCUGGCCUUUCUGUUCAUACUGCUAAUGAGCGUUCAGACAAAACAGUUUUGGACGGUAUGACCUGGACACAGCGGGUUACGUGUUGCUCUGUGAGCAGGUCACAUGACUCGCUCUGCGGGCAGGUCAUGUGACCUGAAGGCUAAAAUUAUCCAUCAGAUCUGGGGUCAGGUUUCAUCUGAAGAGACGCAGCAUGGACGACUGCUGCACUGCACCAAGGUGAGGACUCACUGCAGUACUAAUACUACCAGUACUACUACUGAACACUGCUGUGCACAGGAUGGUCAGAGGGAGGACGCUGCUGCAGGUCAGAGGUCAGAGGUUGUGACAUCAUACAACUGACAGGAAGUGGUCAUCAUGGUGGGCGUGGCAACAUACAGCUCAGUGAGCUCAAUCAAAGCUCUGUGGGAGACCAGGAUCAGGAGGAUCCAGGAGGAGGAUGAGGAACAGAGGAAGAGGAUGGCGAGGGGCGGGGCCACAGGCAGACUGAGUGUUGGUGUUUGGGAGGACCGGGCAGUUCUGGCUCAGCUGAAACAGAAGCUGCAGACUGAAGACGGACGCCUCAUCCUCAGAAUCGAACAGGAGGAGUGGAAGUCGUUGCCGGGCUGUCUGGUCCAACUCAGUCAGGUCCAGGAGUGGCAGAUUCACCGGACAGGACUUCAGAAGAUCCCUCACUUCAUCUCCAGCUUUCAGAACCUUUUAGUUCUGGAUCUCUCCCGCAAUGGGGUCAGUGAGAUCCCCAAACAGAUAGGGAAGCUGACCCGGCUCAGAGAGCUCCUGUUGAGUUACAACAGAGUCCAGUUUGUCCCUGAAGAACUGAGCUGCUGUGAGAGUCUGGAGAGACUAGAGCUGGCCAUGAACCGGGACCUGAGCCAGCUACCAGACCAGUUGAGGAACCUGACAAAGCUGCAGCACCUGGAUCUGUCCAUGAAUGACUUCAGCGGCAUACCGGACUGUGUGGUCCAACUGCCGGCACUCGAGUGGCUCGACAUGGGAGGAAACCAACUACAGCACUUACCUGAGGACAUACACAGGAUGGAGAAGCUGCACACACUGUGGCUGCAGAGGAACCAGCUGGAGAGACUUCCAGACAACAUCAGCAGGAUGGGAAGUCUGGACACCCUGGUCCUCAGCAACAACCGGCUGAGAGACAUCCCCCCUCUGAUGGAGGACAUGUCCAACCUCAGGUUUGUGAACUUCCGGGACAACCCUCUGACUCUGGAUGUGACGCUGCCGUGCAGAAAGACACAGACUGAGGAUGAUGAAGACGACGAUGAAGAGGACGACAGAGAGAUGUUUGGACGAGAGUUCAUGCAGAUGUACAUCCAGGAGGCCAGGAAGAGGGCGUACGCCGUGCUCAACGUGCACUGUGCCCACCAGACAAUCGACGACUCGUCACAAUAAAAUACAGUCUGCGUUUCUUCUUCUGGGCCUUUUCCUGCUCAGAGUUCAGCGAUGCGAGUUCACAUGAGAGAAGAAGAAGAUUCUUCUAGUUCACAGAUGAACACUGAAACUUUA